CUAAGCCCGCCAAAAGUGAUUUGUUUUUCCGCUCAUUUGGAAAACUCGACGGGAAAACCAAGGAAACACGUGAAAAAUCUGAAGAAAAUCUGUAUAAAAUGAGUCCCGCAAAUAAAUCCCAGACAGACAUCAGUAUCGACGAUGAAGAUGAAGUACUUGCGCUGGAAAAACUGCUGGGCGAAGCGGAAAACGUUAAUGGCGAUUCUACAAAAGCGGAGAAACCAAAACCCACUUUGGCCAAAGCAGUGCCAAAGCUGCGGGAAGACAGUAGCUUCGCCAAUGCGUUCACCUUCGAGAAGACCGUGAAACCCGCCAAGCAGGAGAAGAGCGCGAUCAGUAAGGAACCGGAGCUGGACUCAUCCGACGACGAGGAAGUGAAGAACUUCCUGGAACGCAAGUACAAUGAGUACGGCAGUGAUAUAAACCAGAACCUGAAGCAGCAACGGCAGAAUGCCCACGAGUCCAGGGUGGCCAGGGAAGUGGAUAAGGAGCUGAAAAAGACCACUCAGAUGGUCACAUCCACGCCGCAGCCCCUCAAGAAUCCGCACAAUCCUAUCAAGCGCCAGUCGACGGUGAGCAGCUCGUUCCAAAGGCCUCCACCAGCUGCCGCCGCCGUGGCAUCCACAUCCCAGCCAAGUGCUCCCGUCUCCGCUGUUUUCACGGAUCCCGUCUUUGGACUGCGCAUGAUUAACCCACUGAUCUCCAGCUCACUGCUCCAGGAGCGCAUGGCGGGUAGAAAAGCGGUGCCCUUCUCCGGUGUUGCCUUCCACAUCGAGCGGGGUGAUCUGGCGAAAGAUUGGGUAAUUGCCGGCGCUCUGGUCUCCAAGAAUCCUGUUAAGACUACCAAAAAGGGAGAUCCAUACUCAACGUGGAAGCUAUCCGAUCUCCGAGGCGAGGUCAAAACAAUCUCACUUUUCCUCUUCAAUGAAGCCCACAAGUCCCUGUGGAAAACAGCGGAGGGCUUGUGUCUGGCUGUCUUGAAUCCAACUAUUUUUGAGAGAAGAGCGGGUACCUCUGAUGUGGCCUGUCUAUCCAUUGAUAGUUCCCAGAAAGUCAUGAUCCUGGGCCAGUCUAAGGAUCUGGGCACUUGUCGGGCCACCAAGAAGAAUGGAGACAAGUGCACUUCGGUGGUUAAUCUAACCGACUGCGAUUAUUGCAUCUUUCAUGUGAAGCAGGAAUAUGGAAAGAUGUCCCGGCGUUCGGAACUCCAAUCGGCGACAGCAGGUCGUGGUAUCAAUGAGCUAAGGAACAAGGUUUUGGGCAAAAACGAGGUCUUCUAUGGCGGACAAACCUUUACUGCAGUUCCCGCGAAAAAAAGUGCCAAGCUGAUCUCCAAGGAACGCGAUCGUCUGAGCUCGCUGGCUGGCUAUGACGUUUCUCCCUUCGCCCAUACCGUUGACCACGCCUCUAAGCCCAAAACAGCCGAGGCCCCUAAAAUUCCAUAUGCUGAGCGAGGUGGUCCUGUUUCCCGUUUGGCCGGUGGUGUGGAGGCGUCUAGGAAGCAGAGGGUCCAAGAUCUGGAGCGAUUACGAAAGCUUAAAGCGGAAAAUGAGCGUUUUGAGAAAGAAAAGCAGGCCCAGGGUCAUGUUUUAGGAAGUGAUAAAAAAAAAGAACCCGAAACAACUACGCCCACUGGCAGUAUGCCCACUACACCUGUGCCAGACAAAUUCAAGAAUCGCGGCUUCUCCUUUGAUGCUACCCUGACGCCCAAACUUUCUGGUGGGGAAAACAUUUCGUUUGAUAUUAAUGUAGGAGCACGUCAAGCUCAAAGUGCCAAGCUGAGAGCAGCCGCCCUGCUAAAGAAGAAACCACUGGAGAAGAUCAAUCCCAAUUCCACAAGAGGCACUGAAAGUGGCAAGAGAAGAGCCAUUGAUGAGCUUCACGACAAGUUCGCCAGCAGUGCUAAGCGCCAGAAAAUCGAAGAAGAUGACCGCGAACUGAUGCGCAAAUCCAGAAUAGAGAAAAUUAUGGCGGCCACCUCAUCCCAUACGAAUCUCGUAGAGAUGCGAGAGCGUGAGGCGCAGGAGGAGUACUUCAACAAGCUGGAACGCAAGGAGGCUAUGGAAGAAAAGAUGCUGGGCACCUACAAGAUGCCCUGCAAGGCUGUCAUCUGCCAGGUGUGCAAGUACACAGCCUUCUCCGCCUCCGAUCGCUGCAAGGAGGAGAAGCACCCUUUGAAGGUGGUCGAUGCGGAAAAGCGGUUCUUCCAAUGCAAGGACUGCGGAAAUCGCACAACCACAGUUUUUAAGCUGCCCAAGCAGAGCUGUAAGAAUUGUAAGGGUUCACGUUGGGAAAGGGCGGCCAUGAUCAGGGAGAAGAAGGUUCUGACUGGCAGGGAAUCUCUGUCCGUUAGAGGAGACGAGGAAACCUUUAUUGGCAGCCUGGCCGGCAGUGCUAAUCUCAACUUGCUGGUACCCGACGAAGAGUAAAAACAGGAACACUUCGCUCGUUAUUUGGUUUGUUUAAUUAUAUAUUUUUAAUUUAGGUAUAUUUAAAAUUUAAGUAGCAUAUGCAGUACAUACAAAUAUUUACAGUCCUCUGGUUGAUCGCUAUUUGGCUUAUAAAAAGGAAGAUAAAUAAGUACAAAGGUUUCGAUACCUUAAGAUUUAAGUGCCUGUGAGAUUGUUAGUGCCGCUUUUAUAUAGAAAUGUACCAGGUGUACUCGCUGAUUUUGCAUGUAUGUUAAUAUUAUGAUUGUAUGACUUAUGACUUAAAUAAAUGGAUUCUAAGAU